GCACAUGUGCUAAUUUGCAUCGCCUCUCUCUCUCUCUCUCUCUCUCUCUCUCUGAGAAAUCAUCCAAACCAGAAAUAAGUACAAAUUCGUCGUUUCCUUUGCAUAAAUAAAUUUAUUCAUCCAUCAUCUAAUAAUGUUCCUCAGGGGUCACCGUCUGGGGCGAGCGGUGGGGGCGUCGGAACGCGGCGGGUCGGAGACAAUGACGGAUUGGAUUCCAAAUCAGAUGCCGAAUAUCCCUUCCUUCUCCCUUUACGUAUACGACUUGCAGAGCUGCGAAUUUAUAGUUGCGACUGGAUGGUGGUGGUGGGUCUUUCAGUCUGCAAUUUUCUUGAUUGUUUUUGGGCUGGGAAGAAAAACCAAGAUGGGUUUGAUGUGGGUGUGCGGCGCCGGAUCUGUUCUUUUUCUGGUGGGAUUGGUUUUGAAUGCUUCGGAGUUCUGCAAUGGCGGACGAACCAGCGGUUUCGCUCGGACCAAUGAUUUGUUGAAGGAUAUGCCGCUGGAUAGCGACGUGUUCCGAGUGCCUCCUGGUUAUAAUGCACCCCAGCAGGUUCACAUAACCCAAGGAGAUCUAGUAGGGAAGGGUGUCCUUAUUUCGUGGGUCACCCCAGAUGAGCCAGGAUCGAGCACAGUGCUUUACUGGACAGAGGGCAGCAAGCAAAAAAGGGAAGCAGAGGGCAUAGUGGUGACCUACAAGUACUACAAUUACACCUCCGGUUUCAUCCAUCACUGCACUCUCGACGAUUUGGAGUAUGACACCAAGUAUUACUAUGAGGUUGGGAUUGGGAACACCACCAGGCAGUUCUGGUUUAUUACUCCUCCCCAAGUUGGCCCUGAUGCUGCUUACACUUUUGGAAUCAUAGGGGAUUUGGGGCAAACGUACGACUCAAACAGAACACUCACGCAUUACGAGAUGAACCCUGCAAGAGGACAAACGGUGCUAUUCGUCGGAGACCUCUCCUAUUCCGACGACUAUCCCUUACACGACAAUACCCGGUGGGACACAUGGGGACGCUUCAUAGAGAGAAACGCUGCUUACCAACCUUGGAUUUGGACAGCCGGCAACCACGAACUCGAUUUUGCUCCCCAACUUGGAGAAAAUAAACCAUUUAAGCCUUACAAAAACCGCUUCCACGUGGCAUACAGAGCAUCAGACAGCACAUCUCCUUUGUGGUACUCCAUUAAAAGGGCUUCCGCUUAUAUCAUUGUCCUCUCCUCCUACUCUGCUUACGGGAAAUACACUCCACAGUACAGAUGGCUAGCAAUGGAGCUACCGAAAGUGAACAGAACAGAGACUCCAUGGCUAAUCAUUCUAAUGCAUUCUCCCCUCUACAACAGCUACGUCCACCAUUACAUGGAAGGCGAAACCAUGCGCGUCAUGUACGAGCCCUGGUUCGUCCAGCACAAAGUCGACGUCGUCUUCGCCGGCCACGUUCACGCCUACGAACGAUCCGAACGGAUAUCCAAUAUCGCGUACAACAUCGUGAACGGGCUGUGCACUCCGAUCAGCGACGAGUCCGCCCCUGUUUACCUCACCGUCGGCGAUGGAGGAAACCAAGAAGGAUUGGCAAUUCAGAUGACAGAGCCACAGCCUAGCUACUCGGCGUACAGGGAAGCAAGCUUCGGACACGGCAUUUUGGAGAUAAAGAACAGGACGCAUGCUUACUUCGGAUGGCAUCGGAAUGAAGAUGGGUAUCCGGUGGAAGCUGACUCUAUUUGGCUCCACAACAGAUUCUGGAAGGCUAACAUUAAGGACGAAUCCUCUCAUGUCGCUGCCUUCUGAUUAAUUUCAAUUUCACCUCUCUCCCUCCCUCUGGGUUUCAUAAUUGCUUGGUUAAUUUAUUUGUUGGCAGAGAAGUGCAUGCAUGUUGCCCAAAAGAAAUACCAAGAGGGAAAAAGGAAAAAGAGAAAAAAAAAAAUGAAAAAAAGAAAAGAAAAAAGAUAUAUAUCCCGUGUCUCGAGAUAUGUAUCUCGGUAUGUGUUCCUAAAAGACACAAGGAUGAACCUUCUGUUUUGAGGCUCGUACGAGUGAAGGGCCCAUCCUUGUGUUUUUCGGAAACAUAGACCGAGGUACAUAUGCCGAAAAUAUUAUUAUUAUCAUUAUUUUGGCUAAAGUAACUGCUAUUGUUUUUUAGGUUAUUUUUAUUUUUAUUGUUAUUAUUGUUUUGGAGCACAGCUAUUGGGGCAUAGGUGCAUCAUCCUCCCGUGAGAAUUUCCCUUGCGGGCGGGCUUAUGCAGUUAUCACGUUGUAUUUGCUUCAACACUUGAUUUAUUUUUGGUUUAUCAACAAAAGUUAUAUGGUUGCACUUAUAA